GUCUCUCUAGUCUCAUUAAUUUCCCUCUCUCUGCUCUCUCUCAUGUGGAGUUCAUCUUCAUCGAACAUGUCAUGAGGUUGGGGAUCGAAAGUUAAUAAGAGCUAGAGAGAGAAGAAUAAAGGGCACUCGUGUUGGAGUUGUACCUGAAACCAACCUCAUCCGCCCGCCCAUAGGAAGCCCUCGGUUGGUUUGUUAUUGCCAUUGGAGCUGGUGCCAUACCACGUGCACUUGUUGCAGAGACCUGGCCGGAUCUCAUAAAGCGAGGCUAGAAACCCUAACCCUAAAAAACAAAUGGCACCAGUAUGAAGUUAUCAAUAAAUUAUCUGAUCUCAAAACUCCAUUUAUCUGAUCUCAAAACUCCAUUUCAUAACAACCAAGAAGGCAAAGUUCCAUUUCAUAACAACCAAGAAAGGCAAUCAAUUUUGUUCUGUAAAUUUCAUGGUAGGUAUGUUUAUCGUUUAUUUAGAUCAAGCUUUUGGGUGUUGACUCUUACUUUCUCUGUUUGUGGUAUAUAUGGUUGAUUCAGAUCAAGUUUUUGGGGUUUUUAGUAUUCUCCUUUGCCCUCUAACUGAGUUUCGACAUUGAGAUUUGGUUGAGAUUCAACUGUGGGAAGAUGAUGGGCUAUGAGAACCUGGAAGUAGAAGAACCUACAAAUAAUAACAAUCUCUUUCCACCCAGAGAAGAGAUGGAAAAUCUGGUUAUUGAUGAGGGCCCAAACACGCAAACAUUCAUCUCUCACAGCGAUUACAGGAGUGUGAUGUCAUCUUUAGCUGAAACCCACCACCCAUUAGCUGGUGAUGAUCCUCUCUCUUCGAAUUCUUCCUCCAAAAGUUUUAGAAACUCAAGUUUCACGGAGGAUUCUUUCCUUGAACCCCCUGCUUAUGCAGAUGUGGUGUUCUCUCCAUUCACGGAGAAACCCAUCUCAGGAAAUGGCAAUUCAUCUCAACCUACUCAGCAUCUCUCUAAUUCUAGCUCUGAAUUCAUCACAAUUAUAGUGUCCAACCCACAAAAAGAGCAGGAAAUCUCAAAUUCUCUGGUACCUGGGGGCAACACCUACGUUACCUAUCUGAUAACAACUCGGACAAAUAUGGCAGAUUAUGGGUCCUCUGACUUUAGUGGCUCUGCUGAAUUUAGCGUAAGGAGAAGAUUCAGAGAUGUUGUUACCUUAGCUGAUCGAUUAGCUGAUUCUUAUCGUGGUUUUCUUAUACCUCCUCGCCCUGAUAAAAAUGUGGUGGAAAGUCAGGUUAUGCAAAAGCAAGAGUUUGUUGAGCAAAGAAGAUUGGCUUUGGAGAAGUAUCUAACUAAAUUAGCCAGCCAUCCAGUGAUUAAGAAAAGUGAAGAGUUGAGGGUCUUUUUACAGGUUCAGGGUAAGCUUCCCCUUCCUUCGACGACUGAUAUGGCAUCGAGAAUGCUGGAUGGGGCAGUUAAAUUGCCAAAGCAAUUGUUCGGGGAAUCUGUUAGUGCCAUUACAGCUCAAGAGGCUGUUCAACCAGCGAAAGGGGGAAGAGAUCUGCUAAGGAUUUUUAAGGAGUUGAAGCAAUCGGUGGCUAAUGAUUGGGGUGGCUCGAAGCCACCUGUGGUUGAGGAAGAUAAGGAGUUCAUGGAGAAGAAAGAAAAGUUGCGGGAUCUCGAGCAACAGUUGAGCGCUGCAUCACAGCAGGCAGAGGGGCUUGUUAAAGCCCAGCAAGACAUUGGAGAAACAAUGGGAGAAUUGGGAUUGGCUUUUAUUAAGCUUGCAAAAUUUGAGACUGAGGAAGCUGUAUACAAUUCUCAGAGAACACGAGCUGCUGAUGCCAAGCGUGUGGCUACUGCUGCUGUAAAAGCAAGUAGAUUUUAUCGGGAAGCAAAUGCACAAACUGUCAAACAUUUGGACACGCUCCAUGAAUAUCUUGGAUUAAUGCAAGCUGUCCACACUGCAUUUGCAGACAGGUCUAAUGCCCUCUUAACUGUACAAACCCUUUUAUCAGAGUUGUCGUCCUUGAGGUCCAGAGUGGAGAAACUUGAAGCUGCAUCCUCAAAAAUUUUUGGUGGCGAUAAAACUAGAAACAAAAAAAUGGAGGAAUUGAAAGAAACAAUAAGAGUUACUGAAGAGGCAAAGGACUGUGCGAUCAAGGAAUAUGAAAGAAUUAAGGAAAACAACAGAAAUGAACUUGAAAGGCUUGAUAGAGAAAGACAGAAUGAUUUCCACAACAUGUUGAAAGGGUUUGUAAUAAAUCAGGUUGGGUAUGCGGAGAAGAUUGCGAAUGUGUGGACGAAAGUUGCAGAAGAAACAAGUGAAUAUGCAAAAGAUAGUAUUUGAUUAUUGUUUUUAAGUGAGGAUGGUAUUUCAGAUUAGAAAUAUGUACAUAGGUUUAUGGUACGUCCCUUCCACUUCAGAGCCUGUACACUACCACUCGCGCGGGGUUCCUAGAGCAAAGGAAAAUAACUUGGCAGAUUUUUGAAGUAGCCUUUUAGUUAUUUCAUGAUGUGUACACAAAUCCUUUUAUGCUUGCAGCCAUUCCAUGUCCAUAUGGCCUUAUCGAUCGCAGAGAAACCUAUUAAGAUUUUCUAAAGAGUUUUUGGAUUCAAGUUAGAUUUUCUAGAGUUUUUGGAUUCAAGUUAUGUGGAAGUGUUGAAAGCUA